UGUGUUUAUCAGCAUAGGGAUUAUCUUCGGUUGCUUGGGUAUUCCACUCCGACUUACACAACAACGACGCGAGGUAAUAGUCUCACAAAAGGGUCCAGAUCAUUAUUUGAGCCAUGUCUUUUUCAAAUCUCGUGUCCGAUCUUGCCUUCCGUGAUGUCCAGGACGACCGGAGUUCUCAAAUAUCCCACGCCCGAUCCCAAGCCACUGCUCGUUCUUACACCAGUACAGCCGCAACCAGCGUCAGCAUAUCAGGGGAUAUUUCUAGUCAGCUCCAUUCUGGUUACAGCCAUCCUUUGAGCAGGUCAUGGCAAGCGGAAAAGCAAUUGACCAAGGAAAUGCUCAUAUAUCCGCUUUUCAUUACCGACAAUCCGGAUGAAGAGACACCUAUCCCAUCACUACCCAAUCAGUGUCGUCGGGGAGUGAAUCGCUUAGUGCCGUUCCUGAGGCCUCUUGUCCACAAAGGAUUGCGCUCCGUGAUUCUGUUUGGCGUUCCACUACACCCAUCCGCUAAGGACGCCUUAGGAACUGCUGCGGACGACCCCAAUGGGCCAGUAGUCCAGGCUAUUCGCCUUCUUCGAUCGCGGUUUCCCCAGCUUUACAUCGUCACUGAUGUCUGUCUCUGCGAGUAUACCUCCCACGGUCACUGUGGGAUUCUCCGCGAAGACGGUACAUUAGAUAAUGCACAGUCUGUUGAUCGAAUCUCUGACGUUGCUUUGGCCUACGCUGCGGCUGGUGCUCACUGCGUUGCUCCAUCGGACAUGAAUGAUGGGCGGGUACGCGCCAUCAAACUUAAAUUGAUCGAGGCCGGUAUGGCUCAUCGGGUCCUCCUUAUGUCUUACAGUGCAAAGUUCAGUGGAUGCUUGUAUGGGCCUUUUCGAGAUGCAGCAGGCUCUUGCCCCUCAUUUGGUGAUCGUAGGUGUUAUCAACUUCCCCCUGGAGGUAGAGGACUCGCUCGGCGCGCGAUACAGAGGGAUAUCAGCGAGGGCGCUGAUAUCAUCAUGGUGAAGCCUGCAAGUAGUUACUUGGACAUCAUCAGGGAUGCAAAAGAACUUGCGAAGGACAUGCCAAUAGCGGCAUAUCAAGUCAGUGGUGAAUAUGCCAUGAUACAUGCAGGGGCAAAGGCAGGUGUCUUCGAUCUGAAAUCUAUGGCAUUCGAGAGCACAGAAGGCAUUUUGAGAGCUGGUGCAGGGAUCGUGGUGAGCUACUUUGUCCCUGAGUUCUUAGACUGGCUAUGAUCUUUUCGGGCCGCUGUAUCGCAUAUACAGGGAAACUACUAUCUAUUAUAUUGCCUCUCCAAUGUGCAUUUGUAAGGUGCUUGUGCCCUCAUGGAUGUGCAAUAGCAG